GAAUCCCAACAAAAGAACCACCGCCACGACCCAAGGGAAAUUGUCCUCCAAGGAGCCACUAUUUCCCUUUGGCACAAUGCACCCAGGAGCUGUCCUCCAGAUGAGAUAAGAUUCCCAUCCUUUGUCCGCUAGAUUAGUGGUGAACCUUGUGGCUUUGUGACUUUGUUGGGAGUUGCGGUUCUAGGUCUUCUGUGUAUGUUUGUAUGGUUGUAUAUACUAUUUGGGCUAUGGGUUUGGAGACUAUGGGGAGGAGGUGGUUUAAAUCCUGUCAUGGUGUCAUGUCCUUAUUUCUUCUUCCAAUUUUUUGGUUCUUCAUUGUUAUGCGAACUAAGGUUUUCUUUAGCUGGCAUUUAUUAUCUUCUGAUUCUUCUGAUUCUUCCUAUUCUGCUUCGGUUCCCUCGUUCAGUGAGGAUCUAAAAUAUCUAAAGUACUGAUCUGUUAACAAAACUUGUCAUUGCAAUGCCGGUACGUCAUUAUCGCGAAUGGGGUGAAGCGAAGGCGGAGAAUGGCACGUGGGAUACAAUAAAGAAUUGAGGGAAGAAAGGCGAUCAAGGGAUAAAGCAGACGCCCAUGUGGAAUGGAGCCAGUGGGGAGGCUCAUUGUGUGGUGGCUGGCGUGCAUCGUGAAAUCGGUUUCUGGGGCGUGCUGCUACUUACGCUAGGAUGGAGGUAUUGAUUUGUCGACGGGUGGGUGCUGAGGUGGAUGUAUGCCCUCGAUGCAGGAAAAAAAAA